AAGAUAGCGUGGUGUGUUAUUAUUUAACUGUUUGUGAGUAUUUUUAUAUCUUGUACUAAAUAAUAAAUUUUAUAAAAUGCCGAAAACUAAUGCCGAAAUGUGUCGUCAAUAUCGACGCAAAAAAAAUGAAAUUAAAAUGAAAAAAAAUUCAGCAAAAAGUUCAACAGAACGUAGUCGCGAGUUUCGUGCACGUAAAAAACAAUUAUUGAACAAUCAAAAUAGAUGUUCAGAUAUAAGUGUCAAUGUGACUGAUGUAAUAAAUGACCACUCUCAGCAACAAAAUAGUGUUCCAACGGGAUAUAAUUUAGUAAAUAAUGAUUAUAACCCUCCAGUAGAUGUACAGCCAGAAAUUCCAUACUCACGGUUUCGUCGAAAUAAGUUUGCUCAUAAAGAAUUUAACGACAAGUUUUUAAACAAUAUGUUUGGUCAUAAGUGCUCCGUUUGUGAUCGAUUGUGGUUUAAGUUAGAUUUAAAAUCACCACGUGCUGAAGAUGAACAAUUAUUAAGGGUAAUAGUUGAAAAUUACAAUACAGUUGAAGAUAUUUUACUGUGCAACACGUGUUACCAAGCAAUUGGGAGGAAAGUGAUUCCUAUAAUGUCUACUUAUAACGGUUUUAAAUAUGAAAAAAUACCUGAGGUUUUACCACCGCUUGACUUAAUUUCGGAAAGACUUGUCUCACCACGAGUUCCAUUUAUGCAAAUUCGACGGUUACGACAUGUUCAUGGGCAAUAUGGAAUUUAUGGACAAAUCAUUAAUGUACCAGUCGAGGUAAACAAUAUGGUAAAACUCUUACCCCGUAAUGUCGAUGAUGAUUACUGUAUUAACGUACACAUUAAAAGAAAAAUAAUACAUAGAUCAAGCUAUUUAAUGGGACUAGUUAAUAAAAGGACAAUUCGUGCAUGGCUUCAGUAUUUGCUUCAAACUCCACUUUAUUUAUUUUACGAUAUUAAAAUUGAUGAAAGCUUCUUCAACAAUAAUAGUAAUAAUGAAAUCGAUCUAGAAGAAAUGAGUGAAGAUAUACCGGUCGAAGAGAGUCUAACAGCACAACAGAAAACUCUACUUUGGAAUGAAGAUAUGUAUUUACGGAUCGCUCCUGGAGAAUAUAAUAUUCCCAAAAGUAUAAUUUUUGAUGAACAUGCCGAAGAACUUUCUUUCCCAUCGAUUUAUUUGGGUCAUUUCCGAAAAUUCAGAGAGGGAGUAAAUGCAACACCGUUCGCAAUAGCAACUAGCGAAUUACGAAGAUCAGAUCGGCGUGGAGUUACUCCACAUCAUUUAUUAUAUCUAGCAAUGAAAAUUAUGAGGUUAAGAGUUCGUGACUCGCUUACGAUUGCAUUUAAACAUGUGAGAAAUUAUACUAAUAUUAAACGGCAGCAAGUUGAAUCAGCUGACUACAUAUAUAAUUGUAUCGAAACUGAACAAGCUGCGUCACUGGAUUACAUAUCUAAGACUACACUAGUGAAUGAAGAUGCUGUGACCUGUGCUAUCUAUUUUAAUAAAAUAGUCAAUAUAUUGAUAACUAUUCUCCAAUCAAAGAAGAACAGCCCAUUUGGAAAUUAUUAUGUUGUCGACUAUUUUAAACGAAUUGAAUUUCAGCAUCGUGGUAGUCCUCAUGCACAUAUUUUAUUGUGGCUGAAUGACGCUCCAUCAGAUCCUCUUGGUACAAACUAUCAAGAUACUGUAAUGAUGAUUGAUCAAUUGAUAUCAAUUUCUUCAUCAGAAGCUUCUGGACAUAUUCGCUUGCAAACUGGAAUUACCAGACCUAAAGUAUUUUUGAAGCGACAACCUAAAGAAAAAUGGCACAACCCUUUCAAUCCUUUUAUUCUCAAUGUCUUACAAUCAAAUACAGAUAUGCAAUUUAUUAUCGAAGAAUACUCAUGUGCAGCGUAUGUUGUUGAAUAUGUCAAUAAAACUAAUAGGGGUAUAAGUAAUUUACAAAGACAAAUUCAUGAAAUCAUGGAUGAAAACCCUGAGUUUGAUAUAGUAGAAAUAACUAGAAGGAUGAGUGUUAAUAUGCUCAACACCGUUGAAUUAACAAGCCAGGAAGCAGCGUGGUACCUUCUUCGUGAACCUAUGUCUAGAAGUUCAGUCUCCAUAGUUUAUAUUCCCACCGUUUGGCCUAUUGAACGACAGCAUUCAACAAGUAUUUGGAAGGAAAACUGGUUUGAUCAAUACGAGAAGCGGCCACGAGAAAUGGAAGAAUUAUCACUGGUAUCACCCGUUGCUAAUUUUACUAAAAAUUCGCAAGGUGAUUAUAUUCGUCGAAAGCAACAACGCAUCAUUCGUUAUAGGAAUUAUGACAUAGCCUCAGAUAUAAAUGAGUAUAAAAGAGAAAUGGUGACUUUGCAUAUCCCAUUUCGGAAUGAAGAAUUCGAGAUUCUUGAAGAGAUGAAAUUUAUUAGGAUUUACGACGAAAAUGAAAAUCAAAUUCUGGAGCGACGUAAAGAGUUUGAAUCUGACUUAGACAUUAAUAAAACUAUAGAGCUAUGCCGAAAACUAUGUCGCGAAAAUGAAGAAGCAGACGAUGACGAUGAGAUUCAUGAUAUUGCCACUCAGAUUUCCAGAAAUUAA